ACAGAACAUCGCACUGGCUGCUUCUUAGGCUUCUCUCCUCUCCACCUUGGGGUCCACCCUGGAAGCCAAAGGAGUCCAUCAAGAAAUAACAGCGCAACUUAAAUUCACCAAGGAUUUGUCCAAAACAGCGGGAGAGGAGCUGGUUUUCUAUAUCUUCGCCUAACUCAGGAGCACAACAGACAAGAAAUCCACGACCUCUCUUCACACUGAAAACUCAGCCAGAUUGGGAGGCUGGUCCAGAGUCCAGUCCUGUCGGGUUCUCCAGACCCCUUUGGGGACGCCGGGUCUCUGCUCGCGCUCCCGGGGCAGCAGACAGCGCCGAAGACCCGCACUUGGAGGGGCGUAGGCGAUCGCUCUUCGCUGGGAGCAAAAGAAUCUAAAGGUCGGACCGGGCCGCGGUUAACUGGGCGGUUUCCAUGGCGCCCAGGAAGAGCAAACUGUGGCGAAACAACUGCGCUGCUCUGCUGAUGUGCUGGAAAAGGCGGGGGAAACCCGGGGGAGGGCGUGGGGGUGGGGAAGCGGGCGGACCCGGGCCUGGGCGGGGUGGUCACGUGCGCCCGAGGGGGCGAGGCCCCAGCCCGCCCGCAGUAAAACAAGCCGGCUGAGCGGCGGUGGAGAGAAGUUUUUGAGUACUGGAGAACGCUUACUUCAGGCAGGAAUAGCUAACAGCUGGCCGCCGAGGCAUCUGCGGGGACAGGGAUCCUCAACGAAAAGGGACAGCAGGCACUUGCGGGUGAGCGCAGGGAGCGUCAGUGGCCGCUUUGACGUAGAUUUGGAUCUCAGUUUCCCCUGGGACAGAGUCUAGCUUUCGCUUGCCGGGCUAGUUUCCUAGCGCCAGCCCAUUAGACUGCUGGAGAGCGCGCUGCCCGGUGCUGCGGUGUGGCUGUGGCCAUGGUGAAUGAGGGCCCCAGCCAGGAGGAGCGCGACGACACCCCAGCACAGAGCUACGAUGAGGUCCAGGAAGACGCUCCCAGCAGCUCGGUGUACCCGAGUACCUUGGUCCAACCCACUAGCUUCGGCCCAGAGGAGCUAAGCGUGAUCAAGGUGAGCAGGCGGCGUUGGGCUGUGGUCCUGUUGUUCAGCUGCUACUCCAUGUGCAACGCCUUCCAGUGGAUCCAGUAUGGCUCCAUCAAUAACAUCUUCAUGAACUUCUACGGAGUCAGCUCCUUUGCCAUAGACUGGCUGUCCAUGUGCUACAUGCUGACCUACAUCGUGCUGCUCCUGCCCGUGGCCUGGCUGCUGGAGAAAUACGGUCUUCGCACCGUCGCUCUCAUUGGUUCUGCUCUCAACUGCCUGGGGGCCUGGGUGAAACUGGGCAGCCUGAAGCCCCACCUCUUCCCCGUCACUAUGUUGGGCCAGAUCAUCUGCUCCGUGGCUCAGGUCUUCAUCCUGGGCAUGCCUUCCCGCAUUGCUUCCGUCUGGUUCGGAGCGAAUGAAGUCUCAACAGCCUGCUCCCUAGCUGUCUUUGGAAAUCAGCUUGGAAUUGCGAUUGGGUUCUUGGUCCCUCCUGUUUUGGUACCCAAUAUCAACGACCAGGACAAGCUUGCCUACCACAUCAGCAUCAUGUUCUACAUAGUAGGAGGUGUGGCCACCUUGCUGUUCAUCCUAGUCAUCAUUGUGUUCAAGGAGAAGCCGAAACACCCGCCCAGCAGGGCACAGUCCCUCAGCUACGCCUUGGCGUCUUCUGAUACUUCAUAUUUGAGCUCCAUUGUCCGACUCUUCAAAAACCUCAACUUUGUGCUGCUUGUCAUCACCUAUGGUCUGAAUACAGGCGCUUUUUAUGCCCUGUCCACUCUGCUGAAUCGCAUGGUGAUCUAUCAUUACCCGGGGGAAGAAGUGAACGCUGGACGAAUAGGCCUGACCAUCGUCAUUGCAGGAAUGUUUGGGGCUGUGAUCUCAGGCAUUUGGCUGGAUAAGUCCAAAACCUACAAGCAGACAACCCUGGUGGUGUACGUCAUGACUCUGGUGGGCAUGGUGAUCUACACGUUGACCCUGAAGCUGGGGCACCUGUGGGUGGUGUUCGUCACCGCUGGCACAUUGGGCUUUUUCAUGACUGGCUACCUCCCAUUGGGGUUCGAGUUUGCCGUGGAGCUCACAUACCCAGAAUCAGAGGGCAUGUCGUCCGGCCUCCUCAACGUGUCUGCGCAGGUGUUUGGAAUCAUCUUCACUAUCUCCCAGGGUCAGAUUAUUGACAAGUAUGGAACCUUGCCUGGGAACAUCUUCCUGUGUGUGUUCCUCGCCCUUGGGUCGGCCCUUACUGCUUUCAUUAAGGCAGAUCUCCGGAGGCAAAAGGCAAACAAAGAAAUUCCCGAGAUUAAAGCCCAACAGGAGGACAGCAACACCAGCAAGGCGCCAACCGUGAUAUCAGAAGUUCAUCUCUGAGCAAGAGAGGCGGUGGUGGCUCAGGAACACAAACACCCCACCUCUUACUCAGCUCAGCUUUCGCGGCCAGCACGCAGGCCUUCGCUGGAGCUUUAGGAGGGUACCAGCGGAAAUAUUUGCGGCUUGUGUGGUGCCUACACCUCUGGGAACCUCUUGAGAGCUUGGUUGGCACCUUUCAUCAAACAGGCUGCAUUACCAACCUUUGAGGAGCUGAUGGGUGGCAGUGUUGGGAGGGCGACAGUCCUAGAGUCAGCCGGUCUUGGCCCCUUGCCUUCCAUCAUCACCUUCACCCUCAGGGAGAAUGCUUACAAAAUUAUCACAGGAAGAAAGCUCAUUCAGGUCAUGAACUUUUUCUUGUGUCUUAAGAGCCUUACCAGAAGCCCAGCUCUGAGGA